AUGGUACCUGAUACAUUAUAUUCGCUGCUGUUCUGCGGGUUGCUGAGUGUAACGACGGCGUACUGGCGCCCGGGACUGCCGCCGGGGCCGUACUGCGGCAUCAACAAUCAGUGCUGCACCGACCGCAAGGAUGACUGCUCACAUCGGAUACGAGUUUUGGAUAUAAAUACUCUAUGCUACUGCGAUCAAUUCUGCAACCGAACUCAUGAUGAUUGCUGUCCCGAUUAUGAAGAGGUCUGUCUCGGGAAACCCUCGAAUAUCCAGGAGCCGUGCAGACAUAACGGAAAGAUGUUCUUCAAAGGGGACAAGAGAAUGGAUAACUGUAAUACAUGUGAAUGCGUCCAAGACCCCUUCACCAACCAGCUUACGUGGAGCUGUGAGCAUGACGCUUGCAUCAUGAGUGAUGACGUCAUCUAUGGUGUAAAUAGAGGGAAUAGCUGGAGGGCCUACAACUAUACACAGUUCUAUGGGAAGAAACUUAAAGACGGAAUCAUAUAUAAGCUAGGUACAAUGCCAUUGAGCCAUGAAACAAGACGCAUGGGUCCUAUCAGAUAUGACAAGGAUAUACCGUAUCCAAGGGAUUUCGACGCUCGUCGUCGCUGGCCGAACUUCAUCUCGCCGGUGGUAGACCAAGGAUGGUGCGGCUCGGACUGGGCGGUCACUAUAGCUACCGUCGCUUCUGAUAGAUUCGCGAUCCAGUCAAACGGCGCUGAAAGGAUGGUGCUGUCCCCUCAAGUGCUUCUCUCUUGUAACAUCAGACGUCAGCAGGGCUGUCGCGGAGGACAUAUCGACGUAGCCUGGAACUUCGCCAGGGGCCACGGACUCGUCGACGAAGAAUGCUUUCCUUACAAAGCCGCGACUACAAGCUGCCCCUUCAGACCGAAAGCUAAUCUCAUAGAGGACGGCUGCCGGCCCCCCGUUCGUCAGCGUACCUCCCGCUACAAGGUGGGUCCUCCCGGGAAACUCGCCACAGAAAACGACAUCAUGUAUGACAUUAUGGAGUCCGGCCCAGUCCACGCUAUAAUGACGGUACACCAGGACUUUUUCCACUACCACGAUGGUAUCUACCGUCGUUCUCCGUAUGGUGACAACACCCUUAAAGGUUUACAUAGCGUCAGAAUUGUAGGCUGGGGAGAAGACAGAGGUGACAAAUACUGGGUGGUAGCCAACAGCUGGGGCUGCGACUGGGGUGAGAACGGCUACUUCCGUAUAGCUCGAGGCAGCAAUGAGUCCGGCAUCGAAUCGUUCGUUGUAACCGUCCUCAGUGACGUCACUGAGGCCUACCAAAAGAAAUAA